UGAAAAUGGCUUCACUAAAUGUGUCUGCUGAAGACCUUUCUUGUCCUGUGUGCUGUGAAAUCUUCAAGGCUCCUGUUCUUUUAUCAUGUAGUCACAGUUUCUGUAAGGAGUGUCUUCAAAAGUUCUGGAGAAUCCAGAAAACUCAGGAGUGUCCUGUCUGCAGGAGAAGAUCCUCAAGAGAUGAACCUCCAUUUAACCGUGUGCUAAAAAACUUGUGUGAGUCGUUCCUGAAGGAGAGAAAUGAGACUCGUUCAUCAGGAUCUGAGGAGAUCUGCAGUUUACACAGUGAGAAACUCAAACUCUUCUGCCUGGAGGACAAACAGCCUGUGUGUUUAGUGUGUAUUACUUCACAACAACAUGACAAUCACAAAUUCAGACCCAUCAGUGAAGUGGUUUCAUCAUAUAAGGAGGAACUCAAUACAGCACUGAAGUUCUUACAAGAGAAACUUCAACAUAAUGAAGAAAUGAAAGCAGAGUUUGAGAAAACAGUUCAACACAUCAAGGCUCAAGCUGAGCACACAGAGCGUCAGAUUAAACAGCAGUUUGAGAAGCUUCAUCAGUUUCUCAGAGAUGAAGAAGAAGCUACAGUCACUGCACUGAGGGAGGAAGAGGAGCAGAAGAAGCAGAGGAUGAAGGAGAAGCUGGAGGAGAUGAACACACACAUCUCAGCUCUUUCACACACACUCAAAGACAUGGAGGAGAUGAUGAAAGCCAGUGACGUCUGCUUUCUGAAGGAGUUUCCAGUCUCAAUGGAAAGAGUCCAGAGCUCACGGCCGGAUCCACAGAUGGCUUCUGGAGCUUUGAUUCAUGUGCCACGAUACUUGGGCAACCUGCCGUUCAGAGUCUGGAAGAAGAUGCAGGACAUCGUCCAAAACACUCCUGUGAUUCUGGAUCCAAACACGGCUCAUCCACGUCUCGUCCUGUCUGAUGAUCUGACCAGUGUGAGAUACAGCGGAAUCAAUCAAACUCUUCCUGAUAAUCCAGAGAGAUUUGACGAUUAUCUCUGUGUUCUGGGUUCAGAGGGUUUUAACUCAGGAACACACUGCUGGGAUGUGGAGCUUAAAGAGAGUUCCUACUGGAAUCUUGGGGUAACUACAGCAUCAAUCCAGAGGAAGGGCCGUGAUUUCUGUAACACUGAUGUCUGGAGUGUGUGGUAUCAUCAGUACGGAUGGUCUGAACCGGUUGGCUUUCCUGUCCAGCAGAAGCUUGAUCAUGUGAGAGUGAAUCUGGACUAUGACAGAGGAACGGUGUCGUUCUCUGAUCCUGGAACUAACACACAUCUACACACAUUCACAGCCACCUUCACUCACACACUCUUUCCAUUCUUUUGUAGUUAUAGUUCUUGCUCUCUGAGGAUCUUAAAGAUCAAUAGUCAGUAA